GCCGGCGUUCUGGACGCGCGAGACGCAUACAGGUCCUGAGACGUGUUUUACCAGCUGCGCUGCGACAAACCGCCAGCAACCCGCCAGAACGCGUAACCCGGCACCACAAACACUGGCAGCAGUGCGUUGUGGGUCGCACGACUCCUGCGCAGCGGUCGACGCGUCGCACGAAGGAGUGAGCGAUGCCCUCCUUCGAGCUGCCCAUGCGCGGCUCGCGCAACGAACCACCGCCGAAGCCGUCGCUCCUCGCGCGCGCGCGGGCGUCGCUGUCCCGGUCCAAAGCCGAGCCGGAUAGACCGAGGCCGCGCCGGAGCAUCCUGAUCGGCGGCGCGCCGAAGACGCCGUCGGCGCGGGGCCUGAUCAACCCGAAUUAUACGAGACGAGCAGUGUGCCAGUGUAAAUGUCUCAGAAGGUUGCUGGUCGGCGCCGGGCUGGCCCAGCCGUCGAAGGAGGACGACGCCGAAUUACUAAGUGAAAUCGACGUCACGACGGAGGAGGGCCUGGAGCGGUUCUUAGAACGGUUUGAAUUACCAGACUGCCACAACCCGCGCGACCUGACUGGAGACGACCGGCAACGACUACUACGCUUAUUUGAUUUUUUCGACCUGGACAAGGAGCGCCACAUUUCCAAAAGGGAGUUAAGGAUAGGCCUGUCGGCGCUGGGCCAGCCGCCGACCGACAGUGACGCGAAGCGCAUGAUCGCCCAAUUGGAUUUAUCUAGAGGUCGGAGCGGCGACGGCCAAGUGGACUUCGAGGAGUUUUGCUUGGGGUUAUUGCACCGGCGCUGCGACUUGUAUCUUGCGCUCUACGAGCCCGAUAAAAAGAAGUGUAGGGGCACGCCCGUGACCGCGUCGGACCUCGACAAAAUUCAAUCCAAAGACAAAGGUGGAUCCGCUGCGGACUCGCGGAAGCGGCUCUCGGCGGUCAUUUCCGCGUACACGGGCCGGCCGGACAGCGCGUUCGUCUGACUGUCUUCUCGUUCUUGUUAUUAUUCGCCUCCGCUAAGUAUGGGCUCUGUG